AUGCCUUCUCGUGCUCAAGUUCUCUCCGUCCUCGCGGCUGCUGCAGUGGCCGUCAAGGCUGCCGACGGACCAUUCUUCAGCACUGGGCCCACGUCCUCGGGCACAUACAUCACGUCAGCCACGGCCACCCUCAUCCUGCCCGAUGCCCCGUCAGGCAACGAAGGGGACCUCUCUCUGUGGGUUGGCAUGGGAACGUCCGAUGGCGAUCUGAUUCAGAGCAUUGCGGAUUGUUAUGUAUAUACCACCUGGAGCGUCUUUGCCUAUACGCUCAAGGAGACUAGCCCCACAUCGCAAGAGGUGAUCGAAGGAGAAACCCACGCAGCCGCGACUGCCCAAGAGGUGACCAUGCUCUACCAAUAUGACUCGUCCACCGGAAACUACACCCAGACAGUCUCCCUCAACGGCGCCGUCGUGUCGACGCUGUCGACCAGCGACGGGUACGCCGAGGGUUGGGGCUCAGCCGUGGAGUGUGCCGCUACCAACUGCGGUACGGUGCCAGCUCAUCAGUGGAUCAAUGCCGAGAUCGUCCUGAGCGGUGCGGACCCUGACUAUAUCGACACCUUGUACCUGGGCCUAGGAGCCACUGGUUCGAUGAGCUCCAGCGACGGCGGUGUUACCUGGGUGAUUGGUACCAUCGACAUCCCUGAGUACACCUUUUAA